UCUCAUUGUUUAACUGAUUGUUCAAUUUGAGUGUUGAUUUAACAUGAUUUUAAAUAUUAUUUUUAAAUAAAUGGUCAAAUUUUAAUGAAUUAAAUUAACAUAAAUCUUUUAAAUGCUAAAGAACAGUUUAAAUAUCCAAUAUAAAUUUAAGAAAACUAACCUAAUGAAAUAAAUAAAUAUCAUUAAAAUAAUCAAGUAUUUUCCUAUAGUCGGAACUAUUUUAUCAUAAUUAGUUAGAUCAAAUUUUUAAAAUAAGAGUUAAUAUAUUUAUUAAAUAAUGAACAACGAAGAGAAUAGAUUAAGAACAUUUUUCAAUUGGCCUAGCAUUGCUCCAGUUAGCGCAGAACGGGUAGCCAAAGCAGGGUUUUAUUACACUGGUGUAGGUCUGGAAGUACAAUGUUUCUUAUGCGGUACUAGAAUCACUGAAUGGAAUUAUGGGGAUCAAGUUAUUGUUCGUCAUCGUAAUGCUGCACCUGAUUGUCCUUUCGUCUUAGAUCCAUCUAAUACUUGUAACGUACCUCUUGUACCAGCAUCUAAUGACAGUAGAGAAUUAUUACCAUUAAAUGCUAGACCAAGAAGUCACUGUAAAACAAAUCAGCUAAUAUCUUCGAGAAGAGAGGAAAUUGUUAGAAAUUACAGAACCAUUAAUCAGAGAUUAGAUACAUUUGCCAAUUGGCCAAUACCUGACAUAGUGUCACCUCAGAAACUUGCCAAAGCAGGCUUCUUUUAUUUGCAACAAGGGGACAUGGUAGUAUGUGUUUUCUGUCAAGGUAUUGUAUACCAAUGGGAACCUGGCAAUGAUCCGAAUAGAGAACACAGAAUUCACUUUCCCACUUGUGAUUUUUAUCUGAGAUCCGAUAGCGAUAUAGUUCAAUUAGCAAAUGUAAGCUUAAUUUCUGGUUCUACUACUGAUUUUCAAGAUUUAGGUAUUCAAACCCAUACUUCGCCACAAAGUCAAAGUAAUUCUUCAUAUGAAGCUAGAUUAAGAACUUAUGUUGAUUGGCCUACAAGCCAUUCACAAACUCCUGAGAUAUUAGCUGAUGCUGGAUUUUAUUAUAGUGGAUUCCAGGAUCAUGUCAGAUGUUAUUAUUGCGACGGUGGUUUGCAUCAUUGGGAGAAUACAGAUGACCCAUGGAUAGAACAUGCAAAAUGGUUCCCAAGAUGUGGUUUUGUUAAUCUUAUCAAAGGCCAAGAAUUUAUAAAUCAAUGCGUUGCAAGCAGACCAUCAGCAGAUAGAAUGAUUGAAGGAAGUAGUAAUCAUGUAAGUAAUCAUGAUAUAAAGUUUUGGCAAAAUGUAAAUAAUCAGUCGGGUAUUAAUGGAAAUGAAACUGAAGAAAAUAUUGUAACUAUUACUGAAAGAAUUGGAGAUAAUACUAUAAAUAUUACUGAAACAACUGAAGAAAUUAAAAUUGAAACAUCUACAACUAAUGUACCUUACGGAACUGAAUCACCUUCUACAACUGAAGAAUCUUCUGCAACUGAAUCACAUUCUGUUACCGAAACAACUUCUGUAACUGAAACACCUUCUGUAACUGAAACACCUUCUGUAACUGAAACACCUUCUGUAACUGAAACACCUUCUGUUUCUGAAACAACUUCUGCAACUGAACCAAAUUUUGCAAAUAUAAACCAUGAGUUCUUUGAAGAUGUAGUUGAUAGAACCAUACCAGAACAAGUUAAUGCAGCAGUUGAAACUGGUUUACCCAGAGAAGCAAUAAGAAUUGCUAUGGAAAGAAUUGAUAAUAUUUUUAGUAUGAGAACUGAACUUAUGCAAGAUCUUAUGAAAUGUAUAGAAGAAUAUCCUAAUAGGGCAAGUGAAACGGAAGAAGAUUCAAAUUCACCGCAAGCUACUAAAACAUCAUCUGCUAGUAAUGAUAAACCAGUAGAAAAGAAAACCAAUACUGACCUCAAAUCAUCGUCAAUUUCGUUGGAAGAGGAAAAUAGAAAACUGAAAGAAGCUCGUGUAUGCAAAGUUUGUAUGGACCAUGAAAUAGCUGUUGUAUUUUUGCCAUGUGGUCAUUUAGCAACAUGUGUCCAUUGUGCGCUUUCUCUUACAUGUUGUCCAAUAUGUAGGAAAGAAAUACGUGCUACCGUUCGUACAUUUCUUUCUUAAAUCUCCGAUAGCAAUACGCGCGCAAAAUAAAGAUUUUAAUAGAUAUUAAUUUAAAUUUCGCUUAUAAAUUCAAUCAUGACUUCUCUUAUCUUUAAUGGAUUCUUGUCUGUCUGAUCACAUUAUCAGUGCAUGUGCUCAGACUUUUCCUUCGCUUUUGUUGAUAUUUCAUCACGUUGUAUUUUUAUCUUCAUAUACAAAGAAUUUAUACAAAUACUUACAUUCCUCGUUUUAAUUAUAAGAGAUCUAGAUAAUUAAUUUAAAAAG